AUGGACAUCUACUCUGCUUGUCUAGACAUGCAGAUGACACCUACGGCAUUUGCUGAUAAAGAAAUACGCUACAAUGGACGCCGUUGGUUUAACAGAACCUUUGUUAUUGAUAUACAGGACAAGGUUACCGAGGUGAUGAAGCCGUGGCAAACUGUUCAGAUAUUUGCUGCAGACGUAGAUCCUGGAGACAUGAUAGUGAAAAAAUCUUAUAAAGACAUCGUGAAAUCGAAUGCAUUAAAUCGAACUCAUUGGUUUGGACAGCGGGUGAAGUCUUGCGCUCUUGUAGGCAACUCAGGUAUACUUCUCAAUAGCCAUUGCGGUGAGGUCAUAGACGAAGCAGACGUCAUCAUCAGAAUGAACCUGGCAUUAUUUGGUCAUGAAUAUUCAUCUGCCGUUGGUUCAAGGGUUUCUAUCAUGACCAUUAACGCAUUACAAAUCAAGGAGUUGGUCUCCUGUUUCGAGAAAGUCGCCAAAAACGAGACAAAGGACAGGACGACUUCCAAAUACCUGGCCAAGCUUAAGCCCAGAUGUAACAGUUUAAUCGACAGGUUGAGGUUGUUGAAAAGUGACAACGUGAUAAUGCCUGCCAGGGGUUACUUUCCUCAGCUGGUCGAUAUGUUGCCCUUUUUGAGAAGACAAUUCAAUCUCAACUUUAGAGUUUCCUACAACCCGAAGGAUCUCAUUACGGUGUCGAAAAGAUUAUGGCAUUUCAAUAGUCCAUCCACUGGGUUAGGUGUAUAUACGGCUGCCACUCAACUAUGUGAAGAGAUUACCCUUUAUGGAUUCUACCCAUUCCAUGAGGAUCCCUUCAAUCGAAAGAUACUUCACCACUACUACGAACCAAAGGCCAAAAUCAACUACACGUCAAAUUGUCACGAGAUGCCAGAGGAGUACAGAUUUUUGCUUGAGUUGGAUCGUCAAGGGGCAAUCAGAAUGAUGAACAAUUGCACCCCAUCGUAG